CUGAGAAUUAAGACAUGACCAGAUAGCACAUGCUGAGUGCCAUAGCCAAUGAGAGUAUCUUCUUAUUUUCCUCCAGGUCAAUGCCAGGAUGCAUUGUCAAGUCUUUAUUUCAGGACUCCUACUGCUUCUCCCAGCCGCCUUAGCAUCGUUCACAGAAGUGCGUGGAGAGGCGGGUUACCCUGUCACACUGCCGUGUUCAUAUCCAGCGACUCGUAUACUCUCAUUCGUGUGCUGGGGUCGAGGGGGAUGUACUUCUGACAAAUGUGGACAAAUGCUUUUCUGGACUGAUGGUCGCCGAAUCAACUAUCGGGCAAACAACCGCUACCAGCUGAAGAGUCCGCUUCUUCAAGGAAAUGCGUCCUUGACAAUAGAGAGUGUCGCUGAGAGUGACAGUGGUGUCUACUGCUGUCGAGUGGAAACAAAGGGAUGGAAUGGCGUGCAGAGCCUGAACGUCUCACUGCAAGUUCAACCAGGAAGCAAUCUACCUGUGACCAAGACAAAAGGUUUCUAUGCUGGAAUCUCCAUUGCCUUGCUGCUUCUGCUUUUUGUGAGCACAGUGGUAAUUGCAAAGUACAUCCUAAUGAAAAAGAAGCCAGAAUCUCCAAGCUUGGUGGCCUUCUGCGUUUCUAAGAUGAGAACUUUAAGAAAUACAAAGGUCGUGCAACCACGAGCCCAAGACAACAUCUACAAUAUUGAAGACGGUCCUCCUGUCAAAGGUUAGGUUGCAUGGAAGGCUGCAAUGA